CCACUAAACGAUACGUGCUAGUUAAAGAUAAUAAUAGGGUAAAUUAUAGCAAUAAAACGCAAUAAAUGUGAACAACAAUGUCGGUUCGCUGCAGAACUUGCGGCGAGAUUAUAGUUAAUCUGAAUGCAAAGCCGCUGUUUAAUCAAGUUGAGGACGAAAUUCUACGCAAGAUCGAAGCUAUCACUGGCAUCUGGUUAAGCGACGAACCAGGUAUGCCUGAAAAUAUUUGCGCCUGCUGUCUGUUGGACUUAAACCAUGCGAUAUCAUUUCGAGAACGGUGUAUAAAAACAAAUCGCCUUUUGUUCAGUGCAAAACAAGGGAAAUAUGCAGACUUUAUGAAGGAACACAAUGUUGAGUUGGGUAAUAUAGACCCGUUGGACAGUUUUGAAAUUUAUGAAGAUUCCGAAGACCUAGAUGGAGCAGUUAAUGUUAAAAUACAAUUGUCACCGAAUAUACAACCUCCUGUGCCUGCAAAUAUCAGUGUCAUGAAGCGACGAAUAUCACCUAUGCUCGCGCACAUUCUUAAAGAGGAGCGUGCACUUGCAAAUGCCAAAUGCUCUAUUCCUGUUAGUAAUAAACGACACCAUACUGAUGUGCCCGCACAAAGAACACUACAGCCUCGAGCAGUAGAUCAAUCAGAAACAACUCAAAUUUGCAAGGCGUCUAGCAUCAGUAAAAUAUUGCCAAAAGAUUUAGGUAAUAUCAGCUCAACUGGGCGAUUUGAGAAUGGAACUGGACAGUUUGAAAAAAUUAACCUUUCAAACAAAACUUUUAAAAAACCCACAAAUUCAGCCAAAAGAAGUAUCUCCGAGAAGAUUACAAAGAGCGAUUCAACUAAAACCCCUGAGUUCAAGGGUUACGUGUGUGACCAAUGUGGAAAGCGUAUCAAUAAUAAAAGUAAUUUAAAACAACAUUUAGUGCGUCACACGGGUAUUAAAAAAUUCCAAUGCCAGGAAUGUGAUAACAAAUAUUUUACACUGCAUUUACUAAAAUUGCAUAUAAGAGUGCGUCACAAAGGGGAGAAGCCAUACGGAUGCAAUUAUUGUGACCAACGUUUCUACACAAGUCCUAGUCGCUGUCGACAUGAAAGGACACAUCUGAGUAAACCGCCGUUUGAGUGUGAAAUUUGUAGCAAAGGUUUCUUAUCCAAAUCGUGCUUGGUAAAGCAUCAGAUCCUUCACACAGGCGAACGGCCUUUCCGAUGUGAUAUCUGCAAUAUAGCUUUUCAGAGAAGUGAAUAUUUAAGAAUUCACAACCGGUCUAAAAUGCAUCUUAAAAAAGCUGGCGAGGCCUACGAUAAACGGAAUGAUACAUCCAAAUAUGAUGGUUCCGAAGACGAUUGUAUUUUAGAAGAUGUUAACGAAGAUGACAUUAUUACCGAAGAAGACAUGGAGUUUUAUGAUGUAAUUAUAGAAGAGCUGGAAUCUUAAAUAAACCGUCAUAGUAAAGUGUAA